GCUCAAAUCUUUAGUCUCAUGAGUGCAGUCCUUGGGCCAACCCCCCUCAAAGAUCACAGGUCGCUUCUCCAUGGACCUGAAACAGAAUAUUCCAGCACAUGAGGUGGGGCAUUUCAUGCCCCCCAGUGAGAAGAAUGGGCUCGGUUUCUGAGGUACUCACAGUGGUCCCCCUCCACCAGAGGCCUGAUCUCCUGGAAGCCUGUGCUGACCUCAUCAAUGAAGAGUGGAAAAGGAGCAGGACGUCCCGCAUGCACUCCCUCCAAAGAUCCGCCGACAACUUCCCCAUGUGCCUGGUGCUGAUAAGAACUCAAAGGCCAGGGGAAGAAAUGGCUGAGGGCAAGAUGACUGAGAGCCAAGCCCAGCUCCUGGGGCAUGCCAGACUCUCCCGGGUGGUGGGCCAGCCAAAGAGCUUAUUUGUGGAGACGGUGGUUGUUGCCAAAGCCCUUCGUGGAAAGGGUUAUGGCAGGAAGCUGAUGGAAGCUGUGGAGAAUUAUGCGAAAUCCCGGGGCUAUCAGCACCUGCACCUUACCACACACGACAAGCAGCAUUUUUAUGCCCACCUGGGUUACACCUUGUCCAAGCCUGUUCAGUGUGCAGGAUUCGUGAGUUCACUUGUGCCGAUGGACUUUCUGGAGAGCUUCUCUCCUCCUCAGCAUGAGAGAGGAGAAUCUGCAGGAUCUGAGGCACUUAAGACAAUGUCAUUUUACAGUAGCAGAUCUGGAACAGCUUUUCCUCCAUUACCACAUCACUGCUCUCCCUCCUCUUUUGUUUACUCAAGAUGUCCUCCUCCCCCACCCUCUCCAUUGCCUCCUGCUUCUCCUUCCCAUCGUUCCUUUUCCCAGCCCAUUAAUGCUUCUGUCCAACCCAUGCCUCACUCUGAUUGCACUCAUGCCAUCCCUCCCCCUCCUCCUCCUCCCCCACCCCCAGUGCCUCUAUCAUCCGGCCUUUCACCAGCACAGCCAGAUCCAUGUAAAGCUACCUCUUCUGGUCCAUCAGAGAACAAAACACAAGGACAAACAUUCCUAGAAACACCAUAUCGUGAUCUGAAAGGGCAACCCGUGUUCUGGAUGGAGAAGGCUAUAUAACUGUUUUAAACUGUGUGCCAGCAGGUUGAAGAAGAAGUGGGAAUCAGAAGUGGGAAAAAGGAAAAUCCAGCUUUGUGAUUCAUUAUAGCAUGAAUAAGCCAGCAAGAUUUGCUCUGCAAACAGUUCUAUUAUAUCAGACUGCUUUUUGGAGAAGAACCUAUUUUGAUGCCAUAAGAUGCUAAGACUGAUUUACCAGCCACCAAGAUGCUAAAACAAUGACUUGUUAAUCUUGAAUGCACUUGGAGGGUUACUUCCAGUUUCCUAUUGUAUUCCACUGAUUGUUGCCACUGCAAAUGUAGUGGGACUGUACUGGUCUGCAUGUCAUAAACCAAUUUGUUUAUGUCUGAUUUCAAGACACAUACAGAGAGAGCUGUCGGUUUUG